CAAAAAGCCAAGUCUGAAAGUCUUAGGGGCGGAAACCAAAACUAGUUUGCUGGGGAAAGAACAGGAGCUGUAAGAAAAGAGGGUGGGGGAGUCCCAGCAUGCCCAUCGGCCUAAGCAGCUGACUUCCUGGUCUUGGCGGGCUGGCAGCAGGCAGGCUGCAGCAGGCGAGCAGCAGCAAGAGUAAAAGGUGACCGCGGCUGCCCACCCCAGAGCCAUGGGGCGGGCACGAGAUGCCAUCCUGGACGCUCUUGAAAACUUGUCAGGGGAUGAACUCAAAAAGUUCAAGAUGAAGCUGCUGACAGUGCAACUGCGAGAAGGCUAUGGGCGCAUCCCACGCGGGGCCCUGCUGCAGAUGGACGCCAUAGAUCUCACUGACAAACUUGUCAGCUACUAUCUGGAGUCGUAUGGCUUGGAGCUCACAAUGACUGUGCUUAGAGACAUGGGCUUACAGGAGCUGGCUGAGCAGCUGCAAACGACUAAAGAAGAGUCUGGAGCUGUGGCAGCUGCAGCCAGUGUCCCUGCUCAGAGUACAGCCAGAACAGGACACUUUGUGGACCAGCACAGGCAAGCACUCAUUGCCAGGGUCACAGAAGUGGACGGAGUGCUGGAUGCUUUGCAUGGCAGUGUGCUGACUGAAGGACAGUACCAGGCAGUUCGUGCAGAGACCACCAGCCAAGACAAGAUGAGGAAGCUCUUCAGCUUUGUUCCAUCCUGGAACCUGACCUGCAAGGACUCCCUCCUCCAGGCCUUGAAGGAAAUACAUCCCUACUUGGUGAUGGACCUGGAGCAGAGCUGAGGUAUCUUUUCCAGCUACAUUAUCUAGCUCCUGACUUUGUAUACACAAUUUUUGAAAAAACAAUUUGUAUUUGUGUUUACUCUCUGGGAUGUUUUUGCUGAGCUAAGCUACAUUUCCAAAGGCCAUAUGUGGCCCAGUGGUAGAACAUAUACCAAACAUGCACAAAUCAGUCUCCAACACCUAAAUUCCACAGACCCAAGUUAUGGCUUCUCCAUUCUAGUGCAAAGGCUUCUCAAAUGAUUCCUGGCUCCCCAUUUGGGAGCUUUUCCCAUAUUAUCCCAAAAGGCUACCUUUGAGAACACAUGUAACAUUAUCCAGGUCAAGCUAAAAAGCGAGAGGGGGGGAUGGGAACCAGGUAAUGGUUAAUCCCAGCAACCAGGAGGCAGAGGAGGCUGUUCCAGAACAGCCAAGGGUACAGAGAGAAACCCUAUCUCAAAAAAACAAAAACAAAAAAAAAACAGGCAAUGGGGCUUAGAAAGGCACCUAGAAACAAACCAGUCCGUAGAAGACUUUGGGCUCUGGGAACUCCUGUCUAGACAAGGCUGGCCUAACUCAAGAGAUCUGCCCAGCUCUGCCUCCUGAGUUAUGAGAUUAAAUGCAUGUAUCACCAUGCCCAGCCCAAGCCUUUUUUUUUUUUUAAUUAUGUGUGGAUUUUGGGGGUGGGGCUGUUCAUAUGUGUGCACCAUUUCAUGCAAUGCCAACCAAAGCCAGAAGAGGGCAUCAGAUCCCCUGGAACAGGAGUUACUGGCUGAGCCUCCACACAAUGCUGGGAAUUUAACAUGGGUUUCCCCUGGAAAAAGCAGUCGUUACGACUGCAGAAUCAUCUCUCCAACCCCAAGGGCUUAUCCUUUAAAGAAAUGAAGAUCGUAUUGUGUGAAUAUAAACACGGGUGCAUGUCUGCACAGAAGCUUGAAGACAAACUCCAGAGUUCUGUUUCUUACCUUGAGGUAGGGAGGAGUUCCUGUUCUUUUUGCUGCAUACUAACUCUGGGCUGUGAGCUUCAGGGCCAUUCUGUUUCUCUCAUCUGUACUUUCAGGUCUCUCAGCAGUGCUGAGAUUAACAGGUAUUGCCAUCAUUCAGUGGACAGAAGACAAAACCAGGGUGAACGAAGCUCUCUACAACCGAGUUUCAUCCCCAGUCCAGUAGCUACUCUUCCAAGUGUUAUUUAUGGUCCUACCUAUGGAAUUUUUUGAAUCUCACUUGACCCCUAGAUCCCUGUCUUAAAUAGGCCUGGGAUCAAAGGCCUAACAAGUUCACGUGAAAUCUUAUUAGUGAUUGGAGAGGACAAAAAAGGUUGCCUUUUAUUGGUAUGCACAGUCUAUUAGAAGGGUCCUUUGUG